AAAUAUCUAAAUAUAGAUUAGACUUACAUAAUACCUAAAAUUAUCAGUGGAGAUUUUUACAGAAUAAGAUGACUUUGUAAUUUAUCAAUGAAAAUAUUUCCAAUGAUGCAACACAAUAUGCUUCAUCAAUGAAUGAUGACAUGAACUAAAAAAAAAAAAAAAGAUAAGCAAUCGGUUUUCCUGUAAAUGUGGGAAGGAAUUUUUUGGGGCUUAUAAAAAAGGCACCUCUGAGCAUUUGCUGCACUUCUCCUCCCCCGAGGAUUCAGCUUCAGGCUUACGAAAGGGUUAACACUGGUGUGACGAGACCUCUGAUCAUGCUCCUUCUUAGGUUCCUCCUGCUUGCUUUGCUGACGGCUUUGCUGAUUGACACUGUUCAGUGCAAGAAGAUCUGCAAAGAACAAGACAGCUGCUGCUCCUUCGUUGAGGGAUUUCCAGGCAAACUGAAAGCAAUUCGUUCUUCAUACGCCGCGAUUCGGGACUACUAUGAAUCCAAUGAUGACCUGGACACCUCACUGUUCAACAGGACAGUUCUUGAACAUUUUAAAAACCCUUACGGAUGCAGUGUGAUGAACGACAUUCUGCAUUUCUACUUGGACACGGUGUUGCCCAGAGCCAUGAACCAGAAUAAAUUCGGUAAACACAUCGACAGGAUCGGAGUCAUCUUCAAGGAUCUCAAAAGGGAGAUGAUCAAAUGUAAGAACUACUUCACAUGCCAGAAACCCUUUGAAAUCUCCAGAGUCAAGAGCACAUACAGUCAAAUGGGAGACAAAGGUCUGUACAAAGCCAUGGGAGAGCUGGACAUGCUGUUCAACUACAUUGAAGAUUAUAUGGCAUCGCAGCGACAUAAACACUGAAGAAAUGGGGAUAAGGACGCACUUGAUAGGGUUCCUGCCAACAGGACCCCUAUCUGAAUAGUGUGGGAAAAUUACUGAAACAUAUUUAUACUGGAUUUAUGGAAAAAAUAUAUAAAUUCAUGAAUAUUUAUUUUUUUACUACUUUUUUACUGUGUCUGCUGUGCUACCACACUAAAUCAUGUGUUUUUUCUGUUGUGCAGUUUUUUUGUACAUCAAUAGAAAAGUUCCUGAUGUGUUUAUCUUCAUUAUGAAGAAAGCUUAUACUGUUUAAGUCAUAUUGACCACAGCUUUUCUGUAAUUACAUUGCUGUGUGCAAUGAAGUGUAAUAACUGUUUAAAAGUGCCAGUCAAAUGUUAUAUUUAUUUACAGUGUAACUGCUACUUCACAGCUUUUAUUAUUUAUUGUUUUCUAUGUUGUUUUAACUUCUAAUACUGCAGUUAUCUGGAGUAUAAACUGUUAGAUGUCUUAAAUGUAAUAAUUAAAGUGUAAAAGGAA